CUUCCAUGCGAUCAGGAUGUGCGUUCGCUCGGCUUGAACCCAGCAACAGUCCGAAGAUCAGACUGACAGCGCUCCCGUUUUUCACUUCUUCAAACAUAUCCUUUAUGCAGGAGCAGGCAGCAGGAAGAACUCAUAAUUGAAAAAAAGAAUGGAACAGAGGACGGGAAAAGAAGAUUAUGGAAGAAACACUAUUGCCAGCAGUCACUUCGGACUCCAAACCCUUCCUUUGGAACUCACGGAUCUCUUUCAGCCGAGUCCCAGGUGGAUGAGGCCAAGGUGGAAGGAGAUGCACCUGGGUGGGGAGCCCAAUUGGCAGAUGGUCACCAAGGGCCGCAUCAAGGCCAAGGAGAAGCGCGACGAGGCCGAGAAGCCAUCGACCCAGGUUGUGGAGGAGAGUGUACAUUUUCCGGCACAGACGCAAGCUGGCCAUCAUCAGGACAAGGACAUUCUUCACGCGCCCGUGUGGCCUGACACCGAGGACGAGUUUCAGGAGAGACCCACCAAGUCAAAGACCAAACAGUUGCGAGACCUACCGCCGGAUGAGGUGCAGGUGCCAGAAAACCCGGAGAGAUUAAGUACUCAGGCGCUCGUGGACUUCCUGCAGAACGGCAGCAUCCGGCGGAAGUUGCUGAGGCGUGGAGUGCCCAUACGAGAACAACUCGUGCGGUGGUUCCGGGAGCUGCAGGAUCCGCCCAAGAGUCUCGCGGCUCCAGCUCCGCGGGCCAAGCAGAGUGCAUCUGCUUCCGCAAGCGGAGGUAGACGAGAUUCUCUCCCCAAGGCCACACCUGCACCUUGGUCCAAGCUGGCGAAGAAGAGCGAGGAGAAGAGAUCGAUGCGGGCCGAGGCUCCUGAGUUCUUCCCCAAAGACAUGGAGUCCAUGCCGGCAGGGACGGUCCUGGUGCCCUGCGUGCGGGGGCCAAGACGGUUCUCUUGCAGUGCCUGCCGGGCAUAUUUUGCUCAUCGGAGCCAUGGGUUUGCCUGA